AUGGCACGUCGUCGAAAACUGUCCGCCGCUUCCUCUCCACAAGUAGAUCACCGCAUCUUUUCGAUCUACUCGCUCACCAUCUCCUUCGUCUACAUGCUUCGUAUCGCUUUCGAGCUGGUCGCUCAGAAAACUCAGGAUAUGGAUGUUCAAUGGGAAGUGACCGAGUGCCUAUUCGUCGUCUUUGGUGUCCUUAUCUCAAUUGCUCUUCACAAUGCCUAUGAUACACGUAUCUCAUUAAUCUCAAUCUCCUGGACCAUUUGGAUGUUCAUCAACACGAUUUUCGCACUUUUUGUGGUCAAUUCCGAUAUUAUUCAGCUUGUAAUCAAACGAAUCCAAUCUCACAUUGUGUUCCGCCCAUUGGAUGUGGUCAAGUUCAUUUUGGAUGUGAUUCACUUUUUCAACAUUCCAGUCUCGCUUUAUUUCAUCUGCGUCUUCCUCGUCUCCUCGAAAACCCACAAACGCCGUCGUCCACGCAAGAAUAAGGCUGUUUCAGACAAAAACGUGAUCAAGAAGCAGUUCGAGGUGUCUAAUGUGUUUGUCGGCGAUGAGAUGGUCUACUAUGUCUGA